AUGGCUACAUAUAAGCAAAAGCCAAGGAUUCAACAUCAUGUAACGAAUCAUUCGGAGGAGCUUUCCGGUUCGGAACAGGACUGGGUAAUGUUUAAUAGUGCACGUGCCUCUAACCAACCUAUUGAACGUAGACUAGUUAACAAUGUUAGUGACGAUGAGGAUUGGCACGUCCUUAGCGAUAAUACGAAUCCCGUGGAGGAGAGUAUACCCUCCUUAGAAAGCAACUCUGAAUUUGCUAGCGGUGGGAGUGACUACGAUUCUGAACCUUAUUAUGUUCUGGACCAAACUGCUCGCUCGAUAGAGUUACUUCCAGAAGUUCAAGGCAAUUCUCCAUCACAAAUGCCUUCACAUGAUGGAACGGGAAAGUUUUUUGAUACUAAACUUUCCGAUGAAUCAAAUCACGUUUCAACGACAAGCCUCGCAGAUUCCGAUUUAUUAUCGACACAUCAUGAUGGUAUGCGUUUGCUUGUUGUCAAUGUACGUUUUAGCCAAAUCCCCGUCGAAACUGAUGAAUUGACAAUUAAUUUUAUGACAUCCCAAGAUAAUGAAAGUAUUCGACCUAUGGGAAGUGUUAUUAAAGAAACUUGGAUGUCUAAAGUUCGUAAUGUUUUUCGAAUUGAAGAGGAGGUUGUUUCGGCGAUUAAUUCUCAAGAACAAGCUCAAUCAAAUCAGAUUUAUCAUAAAUUUGCCGAAUCGGCCUCAUCUGCAGCCAAAUUCGAGCUUGGUGAUUUAGGAAAUACGAAUCCUAUUAAAUCUCUUGCUAAUGUUGGUGAUGAAAACGCUAAUUCUACAACAUACACAACAGUUACGACUCAAUACAUUGAUACACUUCAAAAUCAAACUUCUCAGGCUAACCAUUCGGAAAAACUGCCAGUGACUCGUCAUUUUGAUUCAUCGUCACCUGCGACUUCGACAUCUUCCAUACAUAGAUCUAAUGAUUUUGAUGGUUCAUUUACGGAAAAACAUGCUUCUAUUAUCACUAGGUUUGGUAAAGGAUUGAUCGUUCCAAAAGACCCAAUUGAUAUGAAUUUUGCACCUACAAUCUCUAAAGACAUGUUAAACGAAAUGAUAAUGAACGAAAAUUCUCACAGUGCCGAUCAUCAAAACCAACAAUCGACAACCUCACGGUCGAAUAAAAAUUCACUUUUAUCAACGGUUUGGACAACUUUUCGCCGAAUAACCAAUAAUAUCAUCAUAUCGGAUGAUACAGAUCCAGCUCAUGGUGAAUUGUCUCAGACUACAAAAUUCGCUUCAUCAAAUUAUAAUAAUGGUUUGGCUUCUAUAAUUACAGGAACAGGAGAGAAUCAUUACACCUAUGAUUCAUGCCAUUUUCCUUUUGGAAAUCAUUUAGCUUUAUCCGAUCUUUGCCCUUCCUUACAUAAUUAUACUAGUUCAUCAUCCACACCUUCUACGCCAUCAUAUAAUAAGAGAAGAAAUUCCAUUACAACUUCAACUAAUACUGCAAGAAUCUUUCUCACUCCUGUUUCAAGUUCGACGAGUCUAAAAAGUUUUACAAGUCGCGCUGGAAGUGACUGUGGAUUGGAAAGUAGAGGUGUUCGAAGGGGCAAAACUAUAGAAGCUCCUCUUGUUCUUUAA